AUGAACCGUAAGGUACCGGAUAUAACUGGGACGGAGGUGGUUGACGCUAUGACUACUUCUAUGGAUGGAAUUGAAGAACUGCCGGCGAAUGAAGAAAAUCAAAACGCAGACACUCCUGAAACUGAGCAUGCUGAAGCUCCACCCGAAGAGCCCAAAACUGAAGAAGUAACCGACGAUGCAACACCGGCAAAAACCACCACAGAGCCAAGUGUUGAAGAAACUGCUGAAGAACAUCCAACAGAAGUCACAGAAGAAGCGCCUGCAGCUGAAACAGAAAGUGAUAUUCAUACAGUUCAGAACAUUGAAGUAAAAGCUGAUGAAAAUCCACCAGAACCAGAAGUAGUCGAGAAUGAAACAGAACUUCAUCGCUACUUAUCUGAAGAGGAAAAAAGGCAGCGUUAUAAGACACUAGAAGCAGAGAAAGAAGAGCCUUUAAUUACCGAACCUACCGAAGAAGAACCAUCUAAAGAAAAGAGUGCUUCAGAAGCAGUUGAAGAAGAAAAUGUAAGCAAAGAGGUAGUGGCUGAAAGCGAAGUUCACAAAGAAACAGAAGCACCACCAUCAAAUGAGGCAGAGGCUGCUGAUAAAGUACCGCCUCCAGAAGAGGCCAAACCAGCUGCCGAAAAUGCACAUGAAGAAGUUGAAAAGCCCAAUUCACGCAAAAGCAGCAAAGCUGAAACAGAAUCUGAAAAAACGGUUUCACGUAAAUCCAGCAAAGGAGAUGAAGUGAAAAUUGAGGAGACAGAAAAAGUCAGCUCACGAAAGUCUAGCAAGUUUGAAGAAGAAACUGAGAAGGUCGUCUCACGCAAAACGAGCAGGAAACUUUCACGUAAAACGAGCAAAGCAGAGAGCGGCUCUGAAACACCUGCAACACCGAAAUCAGCGAAAGGGGAGUUAAGAUUUGAACUUCCAAACGAGGAGGCCCCGUCGUCACCCAAGCUACACAAAAAAGUUAGCAAGACGGAAAGCAUAGAGGAGGAGAAAGUCACUGAACCUGUUCCAGCAGAGGAUGAAAAACCUCUAGAGGAAGCCGCGCCUUCGGAUGCUGAGCAUGUUGAAGCAGUGCCCGAGCCAGAAAACCCGCCACCAGAGGAGAAGCCGGAACAAGUUCCAGAAGAACAAUCAGCACCUGAACCGGAGCCAGAACUGGAACCAGCAAAGGAACCAGAACCAGCCCUGGAACCUGAACCAGAGCCAAAGCCAGAGCCAGAGCCAGAACCAGAACCAGAACCAGAACCAGAACCAGAACCAGAGCCAGAGCCAGAGCCAGAACCUGAAACUCAAGUAGAAAGCGCAGAGACAACCGAGGCUGUUGAAGCCGAGCCAAAAGCCGAAGAAGCAGGAGAAGAGACUAAGGAGUCAGAAAAACAUUUAGAAGAGGCUCCAAAAGAAGAGGAGCACGCAGAGCCCGAAGCUCCCGAACCUGUUCCAGAAGUAAAGUUUUUAUUCCAUUCUGCCUGUGAAAAGUCAGUUUACAAGAAGCCUACUUUGCAGGAAAAAGAACCUUCACCUGCAAGAGAAACAGAGCAGUUAAAGCCGAGAGAAGAAGAGCCAAAAGAAGAACCAAAGGCAGAAGCUGAAGAGCAUGUAGAUCGUCCGUAUCGACGAGUUCAAUCUCCAUCUCCUCCGCGACGUGUAAAGGAAAGAUCACCACCGAGAACUUCGCGAGCAGCAGAUUACUCAUAUUACGAAAAGGAAGGGCCAAAAACAGAACCACCUCCAAAACUUCCAUCUUAUACAUCAUUUUCAUCAUACCUUCCGCUGGAAAAGACCGGUUAUACUCCGAUAAGUCCGUAUGUAUCUACGAGAAAGUAUAACAAUAUUCCAUCAUACACGACCUCUUCGUACUUGACCCGGUUUGAUGAUAUUGUCAAAACAGGAGCUUUUGCUAGCAAUUUGUAUUCUACAAGCCGUUUAAUCGAACGCUCAAGAAGCCGCACAAGAGAGCGCAGAAAUGCAAUGCGAUCUCAGCGUUCAGCCAGUAAUUAUAACCGCUACACGUCAGCAUACGGCACAGCGCCAUUCCGGGCUCGCGAUUAUUCCACACCACCAUCAACAGCUAUUUCUCGAGUGCCGUCAAGAUCUGGAAGUUUUGCAGCAUUUAUGGAUUACAGCGGUGCUAAACAGUAUGAACUUGCACGAAACAGAAGUCGUUCUGUUACUCCGUUGAGUACUGGUUAUAGUGAUUACAGGCCACGAUCAAACAUCGAUUAUUUCUACGGUGCCGGUCGUUUAUCUCGAGUAGACAGCUAUAUCCGCGACUUAGAACACAAUUAUGAAUCUGAUCUUCCCAGCAGUUAUGCCAAGUAUCGUUCAUCGUCUCGCCCGUAUAUACCAACAAGCAAUUUGUACUACACUAGCUAUCAAAUGAAAACCUAUGACAUUCCUACAAUGACAAAUUCUUUUACAUACAGCACCGAACCGAAAUGGCGUAGUUUGUACGAGAGCAGAGUAAGCGACUUGGAAAGAAGUUUAUCGCAUGAAAGACUUGUAAAUAGCAGGAUGCAAGAAAGAUAUCGUGAUUUAGCCCAUAAACUGGAGCAAGCCAACAGACAAUUAGAUCUGUAUCGUAUAAGUCCGUAUGCGUCAGUAUCCGGCGGAUUAACACGUUAUUCCAUUUAUACAAAUUAUUAUCCAUUUUUUUAA